CGCGGGGCGCUAGGCCGCGGCGAAUAUCAGAGGAUGUUUGUUCCAAGAUCUCUAAAAAUCAAGAGGAAUGCUAAUGAUGACAGCAAAAGUUGUGCAGCUAAGAAAAUUAAAUCAGAUGCAGAAGACCUUCAGCAGGAUGAAGGCAGAGAUGAUUCAACUGAUGCUUUAGUUACAAAAGAAGCCACGACGUCAGACAGGCCCAGCACAGAACCAUGCCCUUUCCCCAGCACAGCUGGCCAGUUGGCUGAGGUUUGUUUGGUUGGACCUGAGCAGGACGCAAAGGAUAGCGAUCUUUCUGAAGAGCCUGUAAAGUCAUUUUCCAAAACACAGCGCUGGGCAGAACCUGGAGAACCUGUCUGUGUUGUUUGUGGUCGUUAUGGAGAGUAUAUCUGCGAUAAGACAGAUGAAGAUGUGUGUAGUUUGGAGUGUAAAGCCAAACAUCUUCUGCAAGUAAAGGAAAAGGAAGAGAGAUUAAAACUCAGCAGCCCUCAGAAAGCUGAUUCUGAGCCCGAGGCUCCACUUAAUGCUUUUUAUGUCUAUAAAGAGCACCCCUUUAUUUUGAACCUUCAGGAAGACCAGAUUGAAAAUCUUAAACGGCAGCUAGGAAUUGUAGUUCAAGGGCAAGAUGUCACCAGACCUAUUAUUGACUUCGAGCAUUGUGGUUUCCCUGAGGCCUUAAAUCUCAACUUGAAGAAAUCGGGCUAUGAAGUUCCAACCCCCAUCCAAAUGCAGAUGAUUCCUGUAGGACUCCUGGGAAGAGACAUUCUGGCCAGUGCGGAUACUGGCUCAGGAAAAACAGCCGCUUUUCUUCUUCCUGUUAUCACUCGAGCUUUAUGUGAGAGCAAAACUCCAUCUGCACUCAUUCUUACGCCAACAAGAGAAUUAGCCAUUCAGAUAGAGAGCCAAGCUAAAGAAUUGAUGAGUGGUCUGCCACGCAUGAAAACUGUGCUUCUGGUAGGGGGCUUACCCUUACCUCCACAGCUUUAUCGUUUGCGACAACAUGUUAAGGUUAUCAUUGCAACUCCUGGGCGACUUCUGGAUAUAAUAAAACAGAGCUCUGUAGAACUCCGUGGUAUAAAAAUUGUAGUAGUAGAUGAAGCUGAUACCAUGUUAAAGAUGGGCUUUCAACAGCAAGUGCUUGACAUUUUGGAAAACGUUCCUAAUGAUUGUCAGACCAUUUUGGUUUCAGCUACAAUUCCAGCUAGCAUAGAACAACUAGGAAGCCAGCUUCUGCAUAAUCCUGUGAGAAUUAUCACUGGGGAAAAGAACCUGCCUUGUUUCAGUGUGCGCCAGAUUAUUUUGUGGGUAGAAGAACCAGCCAAAAAGAAAAAAUUGUUUGAAAUCUUAAAUGAUAGGAAACUCUUCAAGCCUCCAGUGUUAGUAUUUGUGGACUGCAAGCUGGGAGCAGAUCUGCUGAGCGAGGCAGUGCAGAAAAUCACUGGUCUAAAAAGUGUGUCUAUACAUUCAGAGAAGUCACAAACAGAAAGGAAAAACAUUUUGAAGGGAUUACUUGAAGGAGACUAUGAAGUUGUGGUGAGCACCGGAGUCCUGGGACGAGGCCUGGACUUGAUCAGUGUCAGGCUGGUUGUCAAUUUCGAUAUGCCUUCAAGUAUGGAUGAGUACGUGCAUCAGGUUGGAAGAGUGGGGAGAUUAGGCCAAAAUGGAACAGCGAUUACUUUCAUCAAUAACAAUUCAAAAAGACUCUUCUGGGAUAUUGCAAAAAGAGUAAAACCCACAGGAUCCAUUCUUCCCCCACAGUUACUAAACUCCCCUUACCUUCACGACCAGAAAAGAAAGGAACAACAGAAAGAUAAACAGACACAGAAUGAUCUGGUUACAGGUGCUAAUCUUAUGGACAUUAUUAGAAAACAUGAUAAAAGUAAUUCUCAAAAAUGACUUGUUAUACCACUGAACAAUUUUUUAUUGU